UGGGCAUUCGUCGGAGAGCAUUCUCCAAUACGCAGUUAGGUAAAAACAGUGAACGAUGUCUUGUGUGUAUUUUCUUCUUUUGGCUGCGGUUCUUGACCUCACAUUGUGUUACUCACUAAAUGACAAACCGAAACAGAAGAGCCGGGAAAUUCCAAUAACGUAUCCAGACGAUGCCAGAAUAAGUGAUUUAAACAUACAUCACCAUCAUCGACAUCCCGGGGUGUAUACUUCUGAUUUUAUACACGACCCCGAGUUCCACAGAAAGGAAGAACAUUCUGAGAGAAGAAGUGAUGAUUUUGAAUGUAGUGACUGUGAUAACGAGAUACCCUUGGAAUACAUUCGAAAACUAAACCAGUACAAUAUAACAGAUUUGCUGUUGAACUUUGUAGAAGAUGAAGAUGAGGAUCCUGAAAGUUACAGUCCUGCUAUUUUUAAUAGAUUUGGUGGCGCCCAUGAAAGACACGCCGCAGUUGCAACCGCCAGAAACGCAAAUUGUAUACCAGAAGUAAGAACCAUCAAGAUCGUAGAAAACCCAGAACCUGGAGUGCUUUACAUUCCGUCAUGCACCCGCAUCGAAAGAUGCGGAGGCUGCUGCCGACACAAACUUCUCUCAUGCCAGGCAACAAAAAUCGAGACGAUCACCUUAAAGGUGACAAAAGUGACGUUCAGGAACGUAAACAGCAAACUCAAGAAGAAUAGCGAGAAAUUGAUUCAGAUCGACAAACACACGGAAUGCGAAUGUAAAUGUGUAGUAAAACCCUCUGAUUGUAACAUAUAUCAGGAAUAUCGGGAGAACGAAUGCCGAUGUGCCUGCACCAACGUGGACGAAGAAAAGAAAUGUAACAAACAAAACGCCACCAAAUUGUGGGACCCGACGUCGUGCGCCUGUGUGUGUAGGGAGAUACUGCAGUGCUCCACGGGAUCGAGGUUCGAUCAAAAAGAGUGCACGUGCGUGCCCAUCGACGUGCGAGUCAAAGGAUAUGCGAUAGACGAAGAAAACUAAAUUUAUGCAGGAAUUAGACGGAUGCACGGCAGAUUUUCAAAUUAAAUUACUACGGGAUUGUGAUGUUUGCCGCAAAUUAAAAGUUUUAAGAUGAAAAUUACAAAAGUUGUGUAUGUUUGUUUAUAAAAGAAUUAGUGAUAUUAGUAAAAUUAUAGGUAAAUUAUUUGACCAAGUUAAUGGUCAUAAUCCUAUACUAGCAAUUAUAUUAAUUGGUAGAAUAAAAAAACAAACUUUUAAAAUUAUUAAAGCUAUAAUUUGACAACAUUUUCAAUCUAUGUAUUGUAUUUUGUUUGUAAUUUAUAAGAGAUCUGCUCUGUUCUGUCUAAUUUAUGUAACUAUUAUUGUGAUAUAUAUAUUAUACAGUUAAUUUUAAUAAACAUGGUUAGACAA